AUGGCUCCCCAGAGUUUGUUGCAUCCACUGUCCUCAUUCUGCUUUGAGGAAAAAACCAAAUUCUCCGCCAGUCAGAAUCUGUCUUUUGCAAGAAGCAAAUGGUUCGCACUCCCCGAGACUGAGAGCCAAAGCGACGUGGGGAGCAUCAAGCCACCAGAUUUCUCUCUUAAACUGUACAGAUCUGUGUCAGUUCCUCAAAAGAAAGAAAAAAGAAAGACACAUUCAAAUCUAACUGUGCCUCAACCUUAUGAAACAAAGAGGAGAACUGGAGUAUUUCUACCAGAGGUUUUACAUGAGAAGUACCACAGUGAAGACCCUCCAAAGUUCACCACAUCACACCGGCCUCCUGAUGCUCAGGAAUAUGAGCUGACUUUUGUCAAGACAGGGAAGUACCCUUCUGGACCUUACAAGAACCCCAAACCACAUAACUUCAGACCGCUUAAUGAGGACCUUCCAGGAAUGGUUACUACAUAUGAGAGAGAUCCUGGUAACCUGAAUUUUAAAUUAAAGCAUAUGGACAUUAUUCGGACCACUAGAUGCCAGUCAGAUUUUAAUUCAAGGUCCACCAAGACAAAGAUGGACACCUAUAAAACUGCAGAGCCAAGAUGGGAUGCAAGGCUCAUACUUCCUCAGCCGCUCUGGCCUCCAAAAUCAGCGUCCUAUACUAGACACAGACGAAGAAGAGAAGCAUACAGCGCAUUCUUGGACCGUGUGGAGGAGAAACUCUCAAGAUCGUGGAAAAAUUGCUAAAUCAUGACUCUCUCCUUUCAAAUCCAUUUUUUAAAUGUUAUUUUUAUAUUUCAAUUUCUUUG